ACCGAAGCCUUGGAGAGAGAAGGCUGCCGAGGCCACCAGCCUACGAGAAAACACUAUAAAGUAAAAUAGGAAGAAAGAGCAGCGGCUACAAGGAACAUGUCGAUGUGAGGAAGGAAAGCAUUGCUGUUGUGCUGGAAGAGGAAACGCCUGUGUUGAGUGUGCCGAGUGCUGGGUGUGAUGACUGGCAAGCUGUCUGAGUACAGGUUUCGGCCGCUGGUGAUGCGUCCCGUGCGGCCCUGGGGCAACCUGAAGGAUGGCAUUCCCAUUCCCAUGUCCCGGAGUGGCCACCGCAUAGUGUGCUCUGGACUCUCCUUCUACUCUUUUGGCGGCUACAAUCCCAAGAUCACUGACACUGAGUAUGUAGAUGACACAUGGCACCGCACCAGACCUCUCUUCCAGGAGCUAUGGCAGUUCAACCUAGUGACUCACACAUGGACGCGCAUCAAGGGGGAGGGGGCCAUGCCGGAGGAGUUGGCCUCCCACUCAGCCGUGCAGCGUGGGCCAUUCAUGCUGGUGUUUGGAGGGACUGCCAUGCCCUUUGGUGACUCCUCCUCAGAUUCUUUGUAUCAGUGUCACCUGCCCACUGGAAGAUGGCAGAAGAUUGUCACCAUGGGAAAGAAACCAAAGCCUAUGUAUGGACAGGCGGUGUGCAUGAGUGAUGACUACCUCUAUGUGGUGGGAGGGACAACUGGAUUCCAAUACAGCAUUGAUGUCCAUCGCCUUGACUUAGAAAAUCGUACCUGGGAACAGCUCUCUCCAUCCUCUCCCCCACCACAAACCGUCCCUGAGGAGAGGUACCGUCAUGAGGUGGUGGAGCAUAAGGGUUCACUCUAUGUGUUUGGCGGUGGGCGGUCUGAUGCUUCCUGCCCACUGAAUGAGCUGCCCACCUUCCUGCUUCAGGAACGGGUUUGGGCCACAACCUCGACGCAGCCCGACUCCCGCACCAACACCUUCCCCAAGCCACGACGCUGCCAUGUGGCCAUCAAAGUUGACAAAUAUGUGUACCUUCAUGGGGGAUACAAUGGAUCAGAGGCUUUUGCUGACUUGUGGCGCCUCAACCUGACAACAUUUAAGUGGCAGCUGCUCCCCUGCAGGUCACUUGUGCCUCUCUACUUCCACUCAGCUGCUGUGACAGAGGAAGGAUGCAUGUACAUAUUUGGAGGAGUGAAAGACCUAAGAGAAAACAAGCGUACAGCUCGCAUCAACAAGGUGUGGCUGGGAGUGGUUCGCCUUAAGGACAUGUGCUGGGAGGCACUGUGUCACUACUGCCCCAACCUGCCCUCCCAGCCUCCCUCAACACUGCGGGCCAUGGGCAUUCCACCGUACAUCGUGGAAGCCCUGCAGCACCAGACCCCAGCAUAUGGCUAAUUGACGGGCAUGGCGUGGUAUGUGAGGGCAGCUUGGUGUGGUGUGGUGUGGCGUGGUGCGGUCCAGUUGGCCAGACUGGCUUCCCUUCUAGCCCCUUGUCACCUCUUGUGUGUUCAGAUUUGUAGCUACUCACACUCCUCAUACUGUUAUUGAUUUUUUAUGUAUUUUUAUUUUUGGUAAUAAUUUAAUUUAUUAUUAUUAUGAUUAUGAUUAUUAUUUAUAUUAUUAUGAUCAUCAUCAUCAUCAUCAUUAUCUUCAUCUCCAUAAGCAUUAUCAUUAUGAGUAUAAUCACCAUCAUUAUAAUAAUCUCAUCAUUAUCAUCGUUACCAACAUCAUCAUUGUCACCAUCAUCAUUGUUAUCAUUGUCUUUCACUUGAUCUUUUCUUUUGCAUUUCCUUAUUUAUAUUAACAUGGUGACCGUGUAUUGCGCAUUGCAUUAGUAAUACAUUACAGUAAGUGGCUUUGUAAUGGUCUAGAUUCUGGAAGGAUGGUUGGCUCUUGAGGCUUACCAUAUUUAGUUUGUAAAAAUUCAUAGACAUCAUUUUAAACCUACUCUACCUUUUUACGCAAGAUGUGAAAAAAACAUACAAUUAUAUGUACACACCUCUGUGUAUUCAUACAGUGCUACAUACAGUUUAUUGCUGCUGUUGAGUUCUUUUUGCUGCCUGUGUGUUGAAUUUCCUUAUUUGUUUUCCUAUGCAAAUUCUUUUUUCAUGCUGUGCCUAACAAAUCACCAUGAAUAAAAAAUAAGCCAAGCAGUA